GGAAUCUCAUUCUGUCUCCCAGGCUCAUCUCGGCUCACUGCAACCUCCGCCUCCUGGGUUCAAGCGAUUCUCCUACCUCAGCCUCCCAAGUAGCCAGGAUUACAGGCACGCACCACCACACCCAGCUAAUUUUUGUAUUUUUAGUAGAGACAGGUUUUUGCCAUGUUUGCCAGGCUGGUCUCCAACUCCUGACCUCAGGUGACCUGCCCACCUCCGCCUCCCAAAGUGCUGGGAUUACAGGCAUGAGCCACUGUGCCUGCCGGCCACUUCUCUUUUCUCUGUAAAUGUCUCUGCUGAGAGAAGUUUUGGAAUUGGCUUUGAUCUUGGAGCAUGAUUGUAAUUAAGCUUUGAUAUGCCCCCAUAAUUAAAUUGUUAUGGGCACAUGUCCACAAUAAAUUGUUGUUAUUGUUAACCAGGGAAGGAGAGAUUGUUAUUCCUACUGAACCAGUCCUGUGGGAGAAGAGCCACAGGGAGCAGUGGAGGUGGUGGUGGCUAAAGGAGAGCCCCAGAGGACAACUGCACCCAGAGAUUGAUGGACCUUGGAGGCUGAAUAGCAAAAGGCUUCUAGUACUCAGCUAUCAAAUAGGAACGCAUUAUAUACAGCACCUGCUUUGCAGGCCUUGGCGUGGUAGGGCCUACUGCACAAAUUAGGGGCUUUUGUAGAGCUGUGGCAGGAGAGGGUGUCAAGUGUUAGUUAAUCUGAAGAUUCAACACAAUGAAUGAAUGAACCAGCACUGGAGUUUGGUUUUGUUUGCAUAUCUCAGCCAAUCAGAUUAUCAGUUAACUAUACAGAAAACAACAUCAGAGAAUGAUUUAAAAUAUACCAUCUAAUUUUAGAUAUCCUUUACUUUUUUACUCCCAAUUUCACCAAGAAACUCACAGAUUUAGAUUAACUUUAACAAUAGAAAACAAAUCAAAUUUAAGAGUUUUAUAUCUUUAUAUAACAGAAUAAAACUUGCCCAACCUGAUUAACCCUUUCUAUCCUCCCCAAUCCCUCCCUCCUUUCCUUUAGUAAGGUCCCUACUCCUUAAGUCUUUUGAACUCAGUCCUCUCUCGAUCCCACACAUUGGACAAUGAAGCAGGAAGUGUGUCCUUUGAAGUUUAACCUUUCAUAUUUGUAUGCUUUCCCUCACAUUAAAUGUAAUUCCUUUUUUUUGAUGGCUUUUACAUCUAAACAAACCAAAAAAACCAAAACUCCUGCAAUGCCUAAAACAUGUCUUGCACCUAACACACUAUCCGAGAAAAAAAUUGUUAUGAAUAUCCAACUCUGGCCAGAACCGUGGCUCACGCCUGUAACCCCAGCACUUUGGGAGGCCGAGGCAGGCGGAUCACUUGAGUCCAGGAGUUCGAGACCAGCCUGGCCAACACGGUGAACCAGUCUCUAUCAAAAAUACAAAAAAUUAACCGGGCGUGGUGGCACACACCUGUGGUCCCAGCCACGCUGGAGGCUGAGGUGGGAGGAUUGCUUGGGCCCGGGAGGUAGAGGCUGCAGUGAGCCAAGAUCGCGCCACUGCACCCCAGCCUGGGCGACAGAGCGGUGACACCGUCACACACACACACACACAAAAUCCUAUUCCAUUUCCUUGUCACUGGCUUUCCCCCUCCUCACUUAACCCCCGCCCCCAGCAACAGCGACUGGAUCUAAAAACAAAGCCUUUCCCAGACCCCGCGGGACCGCGCGCGGGCAGCCGGCUGCGGACAGCUUUGCAGCCAGAGCCCGGCGCCCCCUCCGAGCUUUCAAGGGCCCGGGGGUCCCGGACCUCGCCUACAGCGGGUAGAGCCAGGGCCACUUCCCGCCGCGCCGUUCCCCAGUGAAACCCGCCAGCGCCUGGGGACCCAGGAGGCCCCAGGGGAAGAUCGGUUUCCGGGGGCCGGGACAAGAGGACGAGGACGCCGCUCGCUCCUGCAGCUCCCAAAGCCGGCUUCGCCGGGCGGGCGGCAGCUGGGUAGUCACCGACCGCCACGAAGCUACUGCCACGUCAGGGCAACUUCACAAAUCCCGGACGAGGGCAGGUGACGCAAGCCGGGCGGCCGCGGCAGGGCUGGGCCUGCGGUUACCCGAGGAGGCUGACCUCCAGCCCGGGCGCCCGGUUCAGCAACGCCCCGGCCGGCGCCGGCGCCGGUGCCUGCCAGGCACUCAGGGAGGCGGGGGCGCAGCGGAGGAGGCGGCGCCAUCGCGAAGCGAGCGCCUCGCCCGCACUCAGCCUUGCCACCCCGCCCGCAGUCCGGGCUGGACUGGGCGGCAUUUGCCGAGGCUCCUCGGCCAGGCCCCGUCCGCCCGAGCCGCGCUGAGACCCGGGCAGCGGCCGCGUGGAGAGGAGGUGGCAGCGGCCCGGGCGGUCGGAGCCAAGCCAGCGACCCACCAUGGAGACCCGCUACAACCUGAAGAGUCCGGAGUCUUCCAGCCUGGAGUGCAGUGGUGCCAUCACAGCUCACUACAGCCUCAACCUCCUGGGCUCAAGCGAUUCUCCCACCUCUGCCUCCCGAGUAGCGGGGACCACAGCUGUUAAACGUUUAAUGAAAGAAGCGGCAGAAUUGAAAGAUCCAACAGAUCAUUACCAUGCGCAGCCUUUAGAGGAUAACCUUUUUGAAUGGCACUUCACGGUUAGAGGGCCCCCAGACUCCGAUUUUGAUGGAGGAGUUUAUCACGGGCGGAUAGUACUGCCACCAGAGUAUCCCAUGAAACCACCAAGCAUUAUUCUCCUAACGGCCAAUGGACGAUUUGAAGUGGGCAAGAAAAUCUGUUUGAGCAUCUCAGGACAUCAUCCUGAAACUUGGCAGCCUUCGUGGAGCAUAAGGACAGCAUUAUUAGCCAUCAUUGGGUUUAUGCCAACAAAAGGAGAGGGAGCCAUAGGUUCUCUAGAUUACACUCCUGAGGAAAGAAGAGCACUUGCCAAAAAAUCACAGGAUUUCUGUUGUGAAGGAUGUGGCUGUGCCAUGAAGGAUGUCCUGUUGCCUUUAAAAUCUGGAAGCGAUUCAAGCCAAGCUGACCAAGAAGCCAAAGAACUGGCUAGGCAAAUCAGCUUUAAGGCAGAAGUCAAUUCAUCUGGAAAGACUAUCUCUGAGUCAGACUUAAACCACUCUUUUUCACUAACUGAUUUACAAGAUGAUAUACCUACAACAUUCCAGGGUGCUACGGCCAGUACAUCGUUUCAAACAAAGUUUCUUAAAAUUUCCUAGUACGGAGUCCAGAAUUCCUCAGCAGCAUCCUUUCAUCAACCUACCCAACCUGUAGCUAAGAAUACCUCCAUGAGCCCUCGACAGCGCCGGGCCCAGCAGCAGAGUCAGAGAAGGUCGUCUGCUUCACCAGAUGUAAUCCAGGGCCACCAGCCAAGAGACAACCACACUGAUCAUGGUGGAUCAGCUGUACUGAUUGUCAUCCUGACUUUGGCAUUGGCAGCUCUUAUAUUCCGACGGAUAUAUCUGGCCAAUGAAUACAUAUUUGACUUUGAGUUAUAAUAUUGUUUUGUGACUUAUGAGCUGUGACUCAACUGCUUCAUUAAACAUUCUGCAUUGGGUAUAAUCUAAGAAUUGUUUACAAAAAGAUUAUUUUGUAUUUACCCUUCAUUCCUUUUUUUGAUCCUUAUAAGUUUAGUAUAAAUAUAUCUAGACAUUCAGACUAUGUCUAGCAGUUAUGUCCUGCUUAAAGGGACUGGAAGUCAAAGUUCUUUGUCUCACUAUUUGAUCUGCUUUGCAGGGAAAUAACUUGUUUUUUUCUCAUGCUUCACCUUCUUUUUAUGUAAAUUUGUAAUACUUUCCUAUAUUGCCCUUUGAAAUUUUUGGAUAAAAGAUGAUGUUUUAAGUUCCGAUGAGUAUUACUAGUUACUCAGUACCACUUAUUGAGUACUCUGUUUCUAUGUAUGUGGAAUGUAUAGGGAUAGAAGAGUUGAAAAGGGAAAGCAAAACUCCUCAAGUAGCUUCCUUAAAAUGUCAUUCAUAGGGGAUGUACUGGGGUUGCUCAUUCUGUGACUUUAUUUGUGUCCUAAACAUUCUUCAGUGAAAAUAAUUUUAUUUCAGUCAAACAUUUAUUAGGAAAUGAGAUCACAUCUUUGUCACUGGAUGCUACUUGAAGAGGGAGUACUUUGUAACCACUCUGAUAUGCAGUUAUCACCACCCCCUGCCCCCGAUGCCAUACUCACACAAAUUUAAAAAGAAAUAAAACAGUCUUCCAUAGAUUUUUGUUUUAAGGAAGAAAGGGCCCAAGCCAGGAGAUCGCUUGGUUUUCUUCCAGAAGUUAAAUGGGGGGAUCUGAAGAUUUGAAUGUUUGGUCUGCUUUGAAAUGUAUGUCUUUUUUUUUUUUUUUUUUUUUUUUGAGACAGAGUCUCGCUGUCACCCAGGCUGGAGUGCAGUGGCACGAUCUCGGCUCACUGCAGGCUCCGCCCCCCGGGGUUCACGCCAUUCUCCUGCCUCAGCCUCCCGAGUAGCUGGGGCUACAGGCGCCCGCCACCACGCCCGGCUAAUUUUUUGUAUUUUUGGUAGAGACGGGGUUUCACUGCGUUAGCCAGGAUGGUCUCGAUCUCCUGACCUUGUGAUCCACCCCCCUCGGCCUCCCAAAGUGCUGGGAUUACAGGCCUGAGCCACCACGCCCAGCCUGAAAUGUAUGUCUUUUGGGAUGUAUUAUAUGCCUAGCUUUAUAAUCAGUAUAAAUUUUAAUUAUUCCAGGAAUAUGCAUAAGAUUGAAAUAUUUCAUGUACUAUUUUAAUAGAAAACCUCAGGGCCCAAGUAACAGCGGUAGAAGUUAGAAAAACCUUUACUUAGAAUUGUCCACCUAGUCAGAGCCCAAGAAAGAAUUUUCAGUGGAAAAAUCAAUAUAUAACUUAGUGCUAGCUAGCUCCACAGACUCUAGUAGAUAAUAUUAUCAUAAUGGCUGGUGAGACCAUAUAAUCACAGAAAAACACUGCCUUCAGCAUGUUCAGUUUGCAGCACUGAGGGCACUCUUGAGGGUGUUGUUAAUGAAGAUUUAAUUUUUAAAUACAGGUGGUUCCAAGCUUUCAAAUAUGUUAUGCUCCAAAAGUGUUAUUUGUAAGUUAAUUUUUUUACAAGUCAAACAAUGUUGGAAAUGGUAUUUAGGUUCUAGAUCGGUCCACGAAAGUUAGCCCACAUGUAUAUCUUGAAUAGUAUAGGGGAGGGUAUUCAUAAAGUCCUUAUGUGGUUUUAACUAAGUGAAAUUAUGGACAAGAGAAAUAAUUGUAAAAUCAUUUUAAAGGCAAAUUUAAUUUUUACUCCUGUUUAUGGGACGUUCAUUCUAUUAACUGUCAGACACAAUUUCUGUUUUCAUCUGAGAGCCAGUUUUCCUUUAUUUCUACAUUUAAAAUAAGAACAUAUUGUACACUAUUAUAUAAUACAGAAUUGUCUUAAACUUUAAUAAAUUCGCAUUUUAAAGGUGUUUACAGAUUAUUUUUUAUAUCUGUAGCUGAAUUUGUUAAAGUCUAAAAAGCACAAGGACUUUAUGAAGAUCUCAUUAUAUGAGGAAAAUCAGGUUACCAUUUUAUAACUCUAUUGCCAUAAGAAAAUACAUUCUAAAGUCUUGAUUUGAAACAUAAUUAGAAACCUUGAUUCAGUGCUCAGUGGUCUCCUAGCAAGAAGUCACCAACAGUAGCGUCAUAUGAGAAGAAAGAAAUCCCUACCACCUCAACCUCUGCUGAGAUUGUGUGCUAGCAACAGUCUUCCCUCCAUGUCCCCUCAGUCAAACUUGAGCCAGCCUCUGGAUCGAUGUGAUCUUGUUGCACGUUUCCAUGGGGUGUACCUAUACUUUAAGCCAAUACUGCUGCAUUCACUGCUAAGUUAAAUAAAAAGCCAUGAAGAUUUUGCAUUGUGCAGGUCCUUUGCUAUCUGACUUGCAUCUCUUCCCCCACCUGUCAACUAGCCACCUGCUUGUUUGUGUUGGGAUAUUUUUUAGCACCUGAAGCACCAUCUGAAAGGGGCACCAUUUUCUUCUUCCCUUUCAUCCCACAUAUGCUCCCUAAAAAUCCUUAAGUUGUCAAUCUGAUCCCCACUGUGAGGUUAAUGAGCAAAAUUGGUCUUUGGGGCCCUUUUUGUCCAAGCCCCACUGAAAGGCCUCUUCAGAAAACUAUUAUCUUUAAAGCCCUACUUUAACUCCUUAAUUCCAGCACACAGCUAAAACCGGAUGUAUAUUCUGGUAAGUAAAGGCUGAGGACUCCUCUUUAAUCCUCAGAUCUAGAUAACUCAUGACAUUUUAUUUGACCAACAUAGCACAUGAUGAGAUAUCAAGGUAAUUAAAAUAGCAUGCUUGAAACAAUACGUAAUCUGUUUCACCUGUAACUGUUUAAGCCAAUAAACUUUUCAAAAUUUAUGUAAUGUGGGGCGUUUAUGUAGCACUUUACGUUUUCAUGCUGCUUACUGUUUUAUUCUACUGAAAUAAAUGAAUUUCAAGAUUCUCAA